AUGAGUUCCUGGGUUGUGAACAAGAAAGGAGGGCCGCAGUACUGCCACCACUUCCUCACAGACAACAGCAUCUUUCAUGUGGAGCGAUGUAUGUGUGUGAUGCAGUCGGGGACCCAGAUGGUGAAGUUGAAGGCUGGUUCCAAGGGGCUGGUGAGACUGUUCUACCUGGACGAACAUCGCUCAUGCAUCCGAUGGAGACCCUCACGCAAGAGCGAGAGGGCCAAGAUCACCAUUGAUUCGCUGUACAAGGUGACGGAGGGCCGUCAGUCAGACAUCUUCCACCGCCAUGCGGAGGGCAGUUUUGACCCGGCCUGCUGUUUCACCAUUUACCAUGGCAACCACAUGGAGUCCCUAGACCUGGUGACCUCUAACCCUGAAGAGGCUCGUACCUGGAUGACAGGACUACGAUACCUGAUGGCUGGCAUCAGUGACGAGGACUCACUGGCCAAACGACAACGGACACAUGACCAAUGGUUGAAGCAGACGUUUGAGGAGGCUGAUAAGAACGGGGAUGGUCUGUUGAACAUGGAGGAGAUCUACCAGCUACUGCACAAGAUGAACGUCAACCUGCCCCGCAGGAAGGUCAAACACAUGUUCCAGGAAGCGGACUCAGACGACCAACAGGGCACGUUGACGUUUGAAGAGUUCAGCGUGUUCUAUAAGAUGAUGUCACUGCGGCGGGACCUGUAUCUGCUGCUCAUGGGAUACAGCGACAGGAAGGACCACCUGACGGCUGACGAGCUGGCCAACUUCCUGCGCAACGAACAGAAGAUGAUUCAUGUGACUACAGAAUACUGUCUGGAUGUCAUUGAUAAGUUUGAGCUUUCUGAAGAGAACAAACAGAAAGGCAUUCUGGGAAUUGAGGGUUUCACCAGUUUCAUGCGCAGCCCCACUUGUGAUGUGUUUAACCCUGAACACCAUGAGGUGAACCAGGACAUGGAUCAGCCUCUGAGUAGCUACUACAUCUCCUCGUCUCAUAACACCUACCUGACGGGAGACCAGCUGCUGUCUCACUCCAAGACAGACAUGUACGCCUGGGUACUACAGGCUGGCUGCCGCUGUGUGGAGGUGGACUGUUGGGAUGGUCCUGAUGGAGAUCCCAUGGUUCAGCAUGGCUACACUUUGACCUCCAAGAUCACCUUCAAGUCUGUCAUAGAGACCAUCGACAAAUACGCCUUCAUCAACAACCGGUACCCAGUGAUCCUGUCCAUAGAGAACCACUGUAGCAUCCAACAACAGAAGAAGAUAGCCCAGUACCUCAGAAAGAUCCUGGGAGACAAGCUGGACCUGGGAGAGACUUUCCACAGAGACUCUAAACAGCUACCCAGCCCCCACUGUCUACAGGGGAAGAUCCUCAUCAAGGGGAAGCGUCUCCCUCUGUACCUGUCCGUAGAUGUUGAGGAGGGGGAGGUGUCAGAUGAUGACAGUGCUGAUGAGAUUGAGGACGACUUUAAACUGAAGAACAGCAAUAGUAAUGGUAACCACCAAGUAGAAAGCUACAUCAGGAAGAAGCUGGACUGUCUUUUGAAGGAGUCUCAGAUCGGAGACAAGGAGGACACAGACAGCUUCAGCAUCAGAGCCUUGCUCAGAGCCACACACGUAGGCCUGCAGAGGAACCUAACGAGGCACUCCAAGUCCAGGCUGAAGUCCCAGAGUAUGGAUGGAGAGGAGGAAGGACAGGAGACAUCUGGGAGAGAGGCGGGAGGACAUAUCACCAGGGGAGAAGGAAAGAGGAAGACGAUUAAGCUGAGUAGAGAUCUGUCAGACCUGGUGGUGUUCACUAACUCUGUCGCCUCUCCGGAGGGACUGGACGACUGUACUCCGGGGAAUGUUCUGUCAUUCAGUGAGACUCGUGCCCAGCAGCUAGUGAACCACAGGGCUGAGCGCUUCCUGUGUUUCAACCAGCGACAGCUGUCUAGAAUCUACCCCUCAGCCUACCGUAUAGACUCGUCCAACUUCAACCCUCAGCUCUACUGGAACGUGGGCUGUCAGCUGGUGGCUCUGAACUACCAGACGGAGGGAAGGAUGAUGCAGCUGAACAGAGCCAAGUUCAUGGUGAACGGUGGCUGUGGUUACGUCCUCAAACCUCCACCCAUGUGUAAAGGCUCGUUCAACCCGUUCUGUGACGACCCCCUCCCUGCCUAUCCCAACAAACAGCUGGUGCUGAAGAUCAUCAGUGGACAGCAGCUUCCCAAACCACCAGACUCUAUGCUGGGGGACCGAGGAGAGAUCAUUGACCCGUUUGUAGAGGUGGAGAUCAUCGGCCUGCCAGUGGACUGCUGCAAAGGGCAGACACGAGUAGUGGACGACAACGGUUUUAACCCCGUGUGGGAGGAGAACCUGUCCUUUACUCUCCACAUGGCGGAGGUGGCUCUGGUGCGUUUCCUCGUCUGGGACCACGACCCCAUCGGACGGGACUUUGUGGGCCAGAGGACUGUAGCCUUCAGCAGCCUGAUGCCAGGUUAUAGACAUGUGUACUUGGAGGGGUUGACUGAGGCGUCCAUCUUUAUCCACGUAUCAGUUCAUGACAUCUAUGGGAAGUGGAGUCCACUAGUCCUGAACCCCAGCUUUACCAUAAUGCACUUUCUAGGAGCCAACAAGGGUCGUCAGCUGCGAGGCAUCAGAGGCUUGUUCAACAGGUCCUCUAAGUCGUCAGUAGACACCAGCUGUGGUUCGGCCCUCAGGAAACGCUCCAUCAGUGACCUCCUCCUCCGACGCACCGCCAGCGCCCCCGCCAACCGACGCAAGAAAACCAAGAUGAAGUUCGCUGAGUCCUCCACCUCCAUAUCAGACCGCAAGGCCUCCAUAUCAGACGGCAAGGACAGAGUGGGGGCCGGGGAAGGGGCUGGGAGGGAGGGCUCCAAGGACAGUGAAAGGGACAGGGAGAGGGUAAGGGUGGAGAGGAGCCCCCCACCUCACGCCCCCCUCUCCCACAGACCCGUCUCCAUGCCUCUGGAGAGGCUACUGCAGGGACAGCUCUCCCUCUGCUCCCCCGAACAGGAGCAGACUGACCUGGGUGCAGACACACUCAUCGGAACAUCCCCCUUUGACCGGCCCAGGUCCCACUCUGUGGAACUCCUCAUCGAAUCAUCCACCUCCCUUGAACACAGUGUGUCCACCCCUUCCACCAAUCACAACAACACACGGGAUAGGACCACAGAGCUUGACCAAUUAGACGAGACCUCCUACCUGGUCAUUGGCCAAGGAGGAGGAAGUGUAGAUGGUGACUCCAAAGAGCAAUUAAAGGACAGAGUCAACCCACCCAUCAAAGCUGAGGGCAUUUCCUCUCGCCAAAGGACGUUGUGUUACCUGAGCAGGUCAACAAAGACAGAGAGCAACUGUUUACACGUACCUACUGAGAGCAGACCAGAGACAACAUUACAUAGUACAACAAACACGUCAGCGCCUUCCUCCUCCUCUUCUUCCUCUGUGCCCCCCCCCUCCCCACUCAACGUGGAUCGGUCCAAUCUGCAGAGCCCCGUCUCCCGGCAGGACAGCACCAUCUCGCGACUCAUUGAUGCCGUAUCCCUCGGCAAUGACACCAGCUGCGGCUCGAUCUCCGCUCUGAUUGGCCAGUUUGACCUCACCGCUGACCAGAAUGACAUCACCACGAACUCUGACCCCCACGUCCUCAGUGUUAUGUCCUGUCUGUUCCAUCCCACUGUCCAGGACUCCAGCACACCCUAUAAGGCCACCGUGGACUGUACCAUCCCAUUUAAAGACCCACAGACCACCACCUCCCCCCGCAAGGCAAUGAACGGACCUAUCACUCCUCGAAAGGCAAGCCAGACCCCUAACCACGCGAACCAGAACCUACUCCUACCCCACCCCAAGACCUCCCACGCAGACCACCCUGCCCCCCUUCUCUUCUCCAGUCCUGAGACCACGGAGCUGGAGGAGGUCUAUACCAUCCUGGAUGAGGAGGUCUUGUCUCCCGUCUCUGUCUACAACCUGAGGGAGCAGACCAUAGGCAACAUCCAGGCUGACUCUGAGGAGAGCACACCUAUGGGCAGCCUGGAGCCCUCCCCAGCCAAGGUGCCUCCUUGCCUGGGGACAGAGGCCAACGGCAGCUGGGUGGGCUCACGGAGGGGUGUAGUGGAGGUGGAGGAGCCAGGACAGGGCUAUGGGGGUGUCAGUGAUCCUACAGGGCUGUGGUCAGGGGGAGAGUGGGGGUUGUCAUGGGGUUACAGGUGCCCGUCUGUCAACAGCACAGUGUCCGACCGGUUGCUGUUGUGCCAGGACUCAGCACGAAGUCAUCUGAUGGAGGUGGAGAUUAACGUGGACGAGGAUCCACUGGAGAUUUCCCUCACCUUACCGAGACACAACUGUACCUGGGUCGCUACCAGCCCAACCAAACAAUACGCUGCUCCCCAAAGCCAGUUUACCCAACUAAACCCCUCUCCCCGGUACGCACCCCAACUCUCCCAGUGUCCUUCCCCCCUCAAACAAUCCUCACACCAGCCCUCCCCUCGCAACACCCCAUCAAUAACCCCUCAAACCCAGCCCUCCCUCUUCAAAAGGCCCCCCAUCCCCAGCACCCUCCGCCUGAACAGCCACCCUUCCACCCACAGCAGGGCUGAGCUCUCCUUUGAGAACAGCAGAGACAUUACCAGAGCCUACACCCAGCAGCACAGCUACAGUGGACCCACCCAGGCCCAGACCAGGGGCUACCAGGGUGGACCCACCCAGGCCCAGACCAGGGGCUACCAGAGUGGGCACACCCAGCCACAGGCCAGGGGCUACCAGGGUGGGACAGGGGAAGGUCAGGAUCAGGGUGAAGCAUCAACCUGCUUCCAGAAUGGGUUGUCCUCCUCUGAAUGUCUGCCUGGUCUGUCUAGUAUGUCUGGUUCAAGGUAUGUUAGCUUCCCCAGAGACCGAGGCCUGUACUCCCCUAUCUCAGAUUGUGAUGUGGCCUAUAGCCAUCUAGACUACAACUGCUUCAGGCCCUCUGCUACCUCGGCAUCCCUCUACACCCAUCUGCAACCCCAGCCCCAAUCAAAUACCCAGCCCCUUCCCCAGGCCCAACCCCAAUCACACACCCAACCCCGACCCCAAUCACACACCCAGGCCCAGCCCCAGUUCCAACCCCGUUCUGGCCCCCCACCGCUGCCCCUCUCGGGCCCCACCCUUGCCCCUCCUCUACCUAUCCCCAGACCACCCACAGCCCCCAGCCCCUGCAAGUCCAAGUCUCUGGGUGACCUGACAUCAGAGGACAUCUCCUGCAACUUCCACAGCAAGUACAACAUCAUCAGCCGCAGCUUCAUCACACCCUGUAUGAAGGAGCGGAGGAGGAUGAGGGGCCUAGGGGGUCUGUCCCAACGGCUGCAGUCUGCAGACCCCCUCACUGAGCAGCUCCGCAAACUAGUCACCCUGGAGGGGGAUGACAGAGACCGGGACAGACCCCAGUCUCCCCAGCUGCCCCAGUUACCUCAGCUCCUCUCCCGCCGCCUUUCUUCUCGGAGCCAGAGCCGUGUCCGUCACAUCAACAAUCGCGCUCGAGAGAGGCUGCAGGAGGCUCUGAAGUCCCAGGACAUGAGCGCCCCCUCCAGCGUGGGAGGGGUAGUGCUGCGUACUAAAGUAGCAGCAGGUCAGAACCCCCCAGCUAACAGACACUCCACAGGCUCCUACAUAGCGGGCUACCUGGACCAGCUGGAGGACAGGGGGCUACCUGAGGGGGCGUGCACCACACUAGGGUAUGGAUUUGGAGAUCACUAUGGUGAUCAUUAUCAUGAUGACUCUCUGCUGCCCACAGACUCAUGUAUAAGAUCAGAACCGGAAGUCUACUUCCUGCUCAGACUCUGA